AUGGAAUUUUUGAAUUCUUUAGAAAUAUCAGGAUUACCAUCUCAUAUAUUAACGUUGAAAAUUGGUGCACUAAUAAUGGUUUUACGAAAUCUCAAUACACCUAAAUUAUGCAAUGGUACUCGAUUAUGUGUGAAGACAUUAAAAAAUAAUAUAAUUGAAGGUAUAAUAUUAACAGGAUGUGGAAAAGGAGAACAUGUUUAUAUCCCAAGAAUACCUCUUAAACCAACUGAUACACCGUUUGAAUUUGAAAGAUUACAAUUUCCUGUAAAACUUGCCUUUUCAUUCACUAUUAACAAAUCUCAAGGACAAUCAUUAAAAACUACUGGAGUUUAUCUUGAAACACCAUGCUUUUCUCAUGGCCAAUUGUAUGUAGCAUGUUCAAGAGGAGGUGAUCCAAACAAUUUGUAUAUAUAUUGUAAAAAUAAAAAAACUAAGAAUGUUGUUUAUCAACAGGCAUUAAAUUAA